CGCACCUUAUCUGCUCUUGACUCGAAUGUAUGGGUUAAGGCCCUCAUACAGUACCCAUUGAAGGAUUGUACCAGAAGUGAUAUGCUUGUUGAUGGUGGUACGGUUACACCUGGUGUAUUGGUGUUGAUCAACGAAUGCGAUUGGGAGCUACUGGGAUGCGAACAAGCUGAAUUACACAAUGGUGAUGUUGUUACGUUCUUGUCAACUUUGCACGGCGGAUGA